AUGGGACACAGGCGCCUCUACUUUGUUAAGAAUAUCCCUCACGGCGACAUUUCUGAUAGAAGUAAAAUGUUAGGAAGGCCGAAUGGAGAUGACGGCAUAAAAGGCAUCGUGAUUGACCUUGAUCAUUCAGUUUCACUUAAUGACGAUCAGAAAAAAGUCGAUAGUCAUUUAUUGACAGGAACUAUGAAGUUCACAGUGCUUGAAAUGUUAGUUCACGCUAUAAGACACAGCUCAAAAAUUCAAUGCACUUACCGUCAUUACCUGGAAUCGUUUUUCUACGUGUUUCUUGUGGGGUGCAUUUAG